GGCGUGGCUCUUCAGAGGCGGCAAAUUGCAAGGAGACGCCGCCGCCUUCAUGCUGCCGGCGGACUGCUCGCGCCGGCUGGUGGCCGAACUGCAGGGCGCCCUGGACGCCUGCGCACAGCGACAAUUGCAAUUGGAGCAGAGCCUGCGCGUUUGCCGUCGGCUGCUGCAGGCCUGGGAACCAACUGGGACCCGGGCUUUGAAGCCACCUCCAGGGCCAGAAACUAAUGAAGAGGACCCCCUUCCAGCAUGCACACCCAGUCCACAAGACCUCAAAGAGUUGGAGUUUCUGACCCAGGCACUGGAGAAGGCUGUACGGGUUCGAAGAGGCAUCACUAAGGCUGGAGAAAGAGACAAGGCCCCCAGCCUGAAAUCUAGGUCCAUUGUCACCUCUCCUGGCAUGACAGCCUCCGCCUCACCCCAGUCCCCAGGCCAAGCUGGUGGCCGUGCUUCAGACACGAGACCCACCAAGGGCCUCCGCCAGACCACCGUGCCUGCCAAGGGCCACCCUGAGCGCCGGCUGCUGUCAGUGGGGGAUAGGACCUAUGUUGGGAUGGGAGCCCGAGCCCCCAGGCCUGGGGCGGGCCUCAGGCACCAGCAAAUGGCCCCAUCGGCUGCUCCUCAGGCCCCAGAAGCCUUCACACUCAAGGAGAAGGGGCACCUGCUGCGGCUGCCUGCAGCAUUCAGGAAAGCAGCUUCCCGGAACUCGAGCCUGUGGGCCCAGCUCAGUUCCACACAGACCAGUAAUUCCAUGGAUGCCGCUGCUGCCAAAACCCAGUUCCUCCAGAACAUGCAGACAGCUUCAGGCGGGCCGCAGCCCAGGCUCAGUGCUGCGGAGGUGGAGGCUGAGGCGGGGCGCCUGCGGAAGGCCUGCUCACUGCUGAGACUGCGCAUGAGGGAGGAGCUCUCGGCAGCCCCCAUGAACUGGAUGCAGGAGUACCGCUGCCUGCUCACGCUGGAGGGGCUGCAGGCCAUGGUGGGCCAGUGUCUGCACAGGCUGCAGGAACUGCGUGCAGCGGUGGCGGAACAGCCACCAAGACCGUGUCCUGUGGGGAGGCCCCCCAGAGCCUCGCCGUCCUGUGGGGGUGGAGCGGAGCCUGCAUGGAGCCCCCAGCUGCUUGUCUACUCCAGCACCCAGGAGCUGCAGACCCUGGCGGCCCUCAAGCUGCGAGUGGCUGUGCUGGACCAGCAGAUCCGCUUGGAAAAGGUGCUUCUGGAAGAAGAGGUCCUGAUGGCUGAACUCCUCCCCCUGGUAAGCGCCGCACAGCCGCAGGGGCAGCCCCGGCUGGCCCUGUGCCGGGCUGCACACAGCCUGCUCUGCGAGGGAGGAGCACGUGUCCUCACCAUCCUGCGGGAUGAACCUGCAGUCUGAGUCUUUCCCAUGCUGCCCUCAGCCCUGUUUAGAUGGGGAUUGGGGGUGUCUUCCCUGGCACUGUGCUCGGGACCCAGAGAUGCCUAUGCUUCCCUGGGAAACCUGGUGAACUGGACCAGGUGGCCUCACUGGCUCUUCUCAGGACAACUAAGCCUGCUAGUCAGGGCUGCCUUUCAGCCUUCCCAAGGCUCUUGGACUCCAGAGGCCAGUGGGGAGCCUUUCCUGGCUCCCUCUGUUUUCUGUCACUGUAAACCAAAGAGCUGCUUGUGUGAUAUUAAAGCCACUUUAGAAAGCA